UUUGAAUGUUGACUCUUUUAGCAUGAAGCUGCUCAUACAGCUUUCAAGGAUGCUCGAAAAGAGAUGGACAACAUAUUGGGGAAAACUGAAACUAUGACUGCAGCCAUUAAAGAUAAGCAAAUUGAUCUGGAAAAGAAAAAGCUUGAAGCAUUGGAAGCACGCAAAUUGGAACAGGAAUGCAUCAAAGAACAAGAAACACUGAUUCCUCUUGAACAAGCAGCAACAGGGAAGUUUGUUGAACUAAAGUCGGUGCUCGGUUCUGAGAAGAGCCAGAGAUCAGUUUUAAAAGCAAUUUUGCAGGCUAAAGAAUCCAAGCAAAUUGAGGGAAUAUAUGGCAGAAUGGGUGAUAUGGGGGCAAAGUAUGAUGUUGCCAUCUCAACUGCAUGUGUUGGACUUGAUUAUAUUGUGGUGGAAACCAAUGCUGCAGCACAAUCAUGUGUUGAACUACUCCGUAGGGAGCGGCUUGGACCGCUUGGUAUUGCGACAUUCAUGAUUCUGGAUGAAAGAAUGAAACUUGCUUUCUAUGCUUCCCUGGGAAACACAAUUGUAGGGAAGGAUCUUGAUCAGGCAACACCUAUAGCAUAUGGUGGAAAUAAGAGUUUCGAAGUGUGGCUUGAUGGUGCCCUUAUCGAAAGACCUGGCACCAUGAGUGGUGGAGGAAGCAAGCGGCGUGGUGGUAAGAUGGGGACAUCUAUUAGAGCCAACAGCGUGUCUAGAGAAACUGCUUCGGAUCUGCAGAAUAAAUUAGAAAAUGCUGGCGGUGAAAGGUUGAAAACACAGAAGUCUAAGGUUGAAAAGAUAGAAUCUGAUAUUGACAAGAGCAGCGUAGAGAUCAACCGUCAAAAGGUUCAAAUAGAGACGGGCGAGAAAAUGGUGAAGAAAUUAACAAAGGGGAUUGUGGAGUACUCAAAGGAGGAGAAAGAACGAAUCAUUGAGGGGAAGGAUAAGAUGCAUGGCAUGUUCAAAGAAAUAGAGCAGAAGCGUUUACAGUUCAAGAGAACUAGAAAGUGCAGAAGACGAUCACGCUUGGGGGAGAUGCAGAACUUGAACUAG